GGAGAGGCACAGCAUGAACACACGCUCGCCGGAACAAGUCGAAGCCGUUCACACUUGUUGCGAGAAAUAGGUGAGGAAAGCAUGGUGCACCCGCCAGAAGAUGUCGAUUUGGACGCUCCAUCGCUCAAUGUAGAGGGACUGGUAGUGCCAGAUGGUAACUUACGCCGUGCCUUCUUUGCCGCGGAGCCAAAGAAUAAGCAGGUUGCUUUUGUGGGAGGACCUUCAGCUCCAGGAAAAGAUCAGUCAAC